UUUACUGUUUUGUAUGAAUUUUUUUGGGUUUGAAAUUUUUGGGUAUCUACAACUUGUCCUUCUAAUGCAUUUUUUUUUACUUUAUUUAUGUUGGUUGAAGCUUUUAAAGGGUUAUUAAACUAGGGUUGGGGGUUAUUUAUUCGUUUGUGGUCGUAUUGUUUGUUAAAUGUCGUUAGAUUCUAAUUUUUUUAAUUUGUGGUACAUAUUUACUUUCUUUUUUGGCUUGCAUGUGCUGGCUUCUGAAGAAUGCAAGAAAAUGUGGACUUGGAUCUUAGUAUAAUUCAUCAUAGUGAAACUUACAUUGGCUCUAUAGCUGCUGGAAUUGAUUGUGAUAGUUCUGAGGAAGAGGAAGGUGAUGAACUUGUAUCUAGUGAUUAUUACAGUGAGGAGUUGGAGAUGUUUAGAAAGGAAAGGACUAAAGAAGUCAAUAAAAAAUUAGACAUGUACAAAGAGUUGGAAAAAGGCAUGACCUUUAAAGAUAUACCUGAAGCUAGAAGAAUUAUUGGGUUUUAUACAGUUGCUAAUUCUAAAGGUCUAAAUUAAAAAAGAGUGAUACAAAAAGACUUAGCUAUAAAUGUGAUAUUGGAUGUCCUUUUAGGUGCUUUAUUUCUAAGGAUGGGCAAAGCCAAACUUUUAAGAUCAAGACUUUGAACCAAAAUCACGAUUGUGAUCCAGUUUAUCAGAAUCGUUGAGGUGAUUCCAAAACUUUAGCACAUUACUUUAAGAGAAAAAUUCAGAAUAAUCCUAAGUAUAAGAUCAAAGAUAUGAAAGGAGACUUGGAAGGAGAAUUCAAGCUCAAUGUUAGCAAGUCAAAAAUGAAAAAAGUUAAGAGUAUUGUAUUGGAGAAAUUGGAGGGGAGUUACGUGGAUGACUACAAUAGAUUAGAGGCAUACACACAAGAAUUGAGAGAGAGCAAUGUUGGUUCUAAUGUGGUGGUAAAUAUAUCCAAGGAAGCAUUGUCAGAAGGUAAAAGAAGAUUCCUUAGGAUGUAUAUGUGCUUCCAAGCUAUAAAAUAUGGCUUUAAAAAUGGUUUGAGACCUUUUAUAGGGUUGGAUGGCACAUUUUUAAAAGGAAAAAGCAAGGGGCAGCUAUUGGUGGCUGUUGGACAAGAUUCUGUGAAUCAUUUCUAUCCAAUUGCUUGGGCGGUGGUGGAUAAAGAAACCAAUAGGACAUAGAGUUGGUUUGUGGAGAUGCUAAAGAUUUUAUUAGACUUGAAGGACGGUGAAAGGGUGACCUUUAUCUUAGAUAUGCAAAAGGGGUUGUUGGAUGCUAUUUCUGUAAUAGUUCCUAAAGCAAAUCACAGAUUUUGUGUAAGACACAUUGAAGCUAACUGGGCAAAAAAAAACAAGAGGGGUGGGGAGAUGAGGAAGAUGUUGUGGUGGUGUGCUUGGAGCACAUAUGAUGAAGAUUUUAAGGAUCAACUAAAGAAUUUGGGUUCUUCGUCUGAACAAGCUGUCAAAGACCUAUUGUGGUAUCCACCUCAAAGUUGGUGUAGAGCGUACUUUGACACAAAAUGCAAGAAUAAUAUGGUGGAUAACAAUUUCACAGAAUCCUUCAAUUUUUGGAUUCUGGAAGCCAGGUCAAAAUCUAUCAUAAAGAUGCUAGAGGAUAUUAGGAUCAAGGUAAUGAAUAUGAUCAGGGAGCAUGAAGAUGAAGCUAGAAAUUGGAAAGAAGAUAUCAGUCCACUUGCAAUGAGGUUGUUUAAGGACUACAAGCACAUUGCACAAGGGUGCAAAGUUAUAUUUAAUGGAGAUAAUGGGUAUAAAGUAACAGAGGGUGUAGAUAGGCACACAGUCAACUUAUUGCUGAAGAAGUGUACAUGUAGGACAUGGGAUUUGUAUGAGAUCCCAUGUCCUCAUGCCAUCAAAGCACUGAUUCAUUAAAAGGUUGAUCUACUGACUGGGGUACAUUGGUGGUACUCUAAAGAGGCUUAUAUGCUGGUUUAUAAGCAUAAGGUGCAACCUGUUAGAGGUGAAAAAUUAUAGAAAGUAGAGCCACAUCAUGCCAUGGAGCCACCGCCUUUAGCUAAAAUGGUUGGUAGACCAAGGGUGAAAAGAACAAGAGAAAAGGACGAAGCUAGGAAAAGAGAGGGGAUAUGGUCAGCUUCAAAAAAAGGGCUUCGCGUGACAUGCGGUUAUUGUAGUGCACCAAGACAUAACAUCAGAAGAUGUCCAAUAGUCAAAGGAAAGCACAAUCUGUCUUAUGAAGAAACUUCUCAAUCACUAGAAGUUAUUCAUAUGAAAGCACCUCAAGAUUCCCAAGAUUCAGAAUUUGUAUUCAUUCCUGUUCCUGGAUUAAAUAUGUCUUCUAAUCAAUCUUCUAGUCACUCAAGUCAACAUGAAUAUGAUUCGACCUUUCAGUCUGAAGCUAACACACAAUUUUAUGAUGUUGACGAGAUUAGGUGUGAAUAUGAUCCAACUCUGAUGCCCAAGGUGAUUUCUGAAGCUAACACUAGGCUUAAACAAAGGCAACUGCUGCAAAAUCCUACUGGUACCGGGAAGAUCAAUUUCAUGGGAGAUGAAAAUGGUGUAUAUUUACCCUCUAAUCUGCCAUAUUCCCCAAAAAAGAUCACUUGGGAAGGAAAAGCAGCCCUCAAACCAAUUGGUAGAAGAAAAGGAAAGAAGAAUUACAAAACUGAAAGCUAAAAGGGCCAUGCUUUAGGACAAUUAGAAGUUAAAUUAUUUUGCUGGUUGCGAUGAUGUUAUGUAAUAUCAAUAGACUUAUAGACAUGUAAACUGAUUAUCGUUUGUUGUUUUUGUGAUGAAUCAGUUACGCCAAUGGUUUUACUGAUUCUAACAAAAAUAUAUUUGUGUC